GAUGAUAAGAAGUUCUACCAGCUGGAACUCGUCAACAGGGAGACCAACUUCAACAAAGUGUUCAACACCAGUCCAAACGUAGGAGUUAUCAACCCGCUCAUCAAGCAAAAGAAAAAGAAUGAGAAAGCAGCAGCCAGCAGAUUCAGCAGCUCUCCUAAUCUCAGGGCUCUGGAGGCGGCGGGCACGGGCGUGGGCGUGGCGGGCCCAGGAAGUGGGCAGCCCCCGCAGGCUCCGCCCGUGCCCCCGGCCCCGCCCAGCCGCCUAGAGCCCAUCCCCAACUCCCCCCUCCACCACCUGGAGCUCGACUCCAACAAACCUCUUGCCCCGCCGACCCCUCCCAACGAGCCCAAGAAGUUCAUGAGGUGAGACCUUCUCCGCUGACCGGCAGCAGCUCGCCAACRCCGCCAUUUUCCAUCCAAUCACAGAGCUCCUCUGCUGGAGGCUCAAACUCGUCCUAAACAGCCGAGGUCCAGCCUUAAAGCAAAAUCACUAGCUUAUAUUUCUAAAUAAAAAAGGAACUUUUAAA